AAGAAACAUUUCUGAUUAUUAUCAAUGUUGAAAACAGUUGUGCUGCACAAUAUUUUUGUGGAAACUGAGAUACAUUUUAUUUUUCAGGAUUCACAGAUGAACAGAAAGUUCAAAAGAACAGCAUUUAUUUGAAAUAGAAAUCUAUUGUAACAUUUAAAAUGUCAUUACUGUCACUUUUGAGCAAUUGAAUGCAUCGUUGAUGAAUAAAAGUAUUAUUUUAUUAUUUUAAAGUUUUAUAUUGAUAAUAAUCAGAAAUGUUUCUUGAGCAGCAAAUCAGCAUAUUAGAAUGAUUGAAGACUGCAGUAAUGAUGCUGAAAAUUCAGCUUUGAUCACAGAAAUCAAUUUAAUAAUAUUUCACAAUAUUACUGUAUUUUUGAUCAAACAAUUUCUGCUUUUAACCAGGAAAUAUGAAGGAGUUUUAUAAGAAAAUAGUGACUGUUUUUUUUUCCAGUUCUAAUUUAAUUACAGUACAGUACAGUUAUUCUUCACUUGUUUUGAGGAGUCACAGUUACACUGUCAAUCACCGAUCUAACUGACAGACAGCUGUCAAUCAUCAUCAGACCGUCAGCAUCCAUACAGCCUGAGAAAAUAUACUUUACUCAGACUUGACAAACGAUUUAAAAUAUAGACUAAUGCUCAAAACAAUAUACAGACAAACAACAAAUAAAAACGAGAAACAGAAUACAACAAAAGAAAAAGAGAAAAGCAAUACAAAUGGGAAAUAUCAACACGUUUCGAGCUUCUGCAGGACAAACCAAAACAAUGACGUCACCGCACGCGGACUGGAGCGUCACGUGAUCCGCAGCUCAGCUGACGGAGGAAACACAGAUCAUGUGACCACUCAAGCAGUUUGAGGAAGAAACGCGUCAAAUCUACACAGCCGGAUUAAUACUGUCAUCCAUCAAAACAUGACACACUGCAACUGAUGCAAAGCAGAGAUGAUGAAGAUGAUGGUGCUCCGGGUUCUGUUGUGUUCGUGUGCUUGGAUCGCUGCUGUUUGCUGUGUGCCGCCCAUCAGGACUCAACCUGAGCAGGUGCACAUCUCAUAUCCAGGUGUGAAGAACUCGAUGCUGGUCACAUGGUCCACCGCUAAUAAAACCGAGAGUGUUGUUGAGUUCGGUCUGUGGGGCGGGAAGCUCUUCAGUCACACGGCGAAGGGAAAUGCAAGCAAGUUUGUGGACGGAGGACCGGAGAACAGGACGAUGUACGUCCACCGAGUCACGCUGACCGAUCUGAUCCCGGCCGCUGCUUACGUGUAUCACUGUGGCAGCGAAGCCGGAUGGAGCGACAUCUUCUACUUCACGUCUCUGAAUGAAAGCGUGAGCUUCAGCCCCAGAUUCGCUCUGUUUGGUGACAUGGGCAACGAAAACCCUCAGUCUCUGAGUCGACUGCAGAAAGAGACACAGAUGGGGAUGUACGACGUCAUUCUGCACAUCGGGGAUUUUGCGUAUGACAUGCAUGAGGAUAACGGCCAGAUCGGUGAUGAGUUCAUGCAGCAGAUCCAGUCCAUCGCUGCUUACACGCCGUAUAUGACCUGUCCUGGAAACCACGAGUGGGCUUAUAACUUCUCCCACUACAGGGGUCGUUUCAGUAUGCCGGGACACACGGAGAAUCUGUGGUACAGCUGGAACGUCGGGCCCGCUCAUAUCAUCUCCUUUUCCACUGAAGUCUAUUUCUAUCUGGAAUACGGCCUGGAUCUGCUCUUCAGACAGUAUGAGUGGCUACAGGCGGAUCUAAAGGAAGCGAACCGUCCUGAGAACCGAGCACAGCGGCCGUGGAUCAUCACGAUGGGACACAGACCCAUGUACUGCUCCACCGAUGACGGAGACGACUGCACACAGUUCCAGAGCUACGUCCGACUUGGACGCAAUGACACGAAGCCCGCUGCUCCUGGACUCGAGGAUUUAUUCUAUCAGAAUGGAGUGGAUCUGGAGCUCUGGGCUCAUGAACACGCAUAUGAGAGACUCUGGCCCGUCUACGAUUACAAGGUGUUUAAUGGGAGCUCUGAAGAGCCGUAUGUGAAUCCUAAAGCACCCGUGCACAUAAUCACAGGUUCAGCAGGCUGUCGAGAGAAACACGACGGCUUCAUCCCCAAACCCCGCGACUGGAGCGCGUUCAGAAGCACGGAUUACGGAUACACACGCAUGCGUCUGAUCAACAGCACACACCUGUACCUGCAGCAGGUGUCCGAUGACCAGUACGGCAGAGUCAUCGAUCAGAUGCUGCUGGUGAAGGAGAAGCACGGAGCGGACGCCUGGCGCUAAGCAUCCACACACUCUCAGGAAACACCGUCGAUGGUGAGACGCACUUUAAUCAAACAAACGAGGGAACGAGGAUCAAACGUGACGCUCUCACGCAGCAGACUUCUUCAGAAUCCUUCCAGACGGAUCAUACGUGACCCCGCAUGGAGCACAAAACCAGUCAUGAGGGUCAAUUUUUUGAAAUUGAGAUUUAUAAAUCAUUUUAUUAAUCCAUUGAUGUAUGGUUUGUUGGACAAUAUUUGUCUGAGAUACAACUAUUUGAAAAUCUGGAAUCUGAGGGAGCAAAAAAAUCUAAAUAUUGAGAAAAUCACCUUUAAAGUUGUUCAAAUGAAGUUCUUAGCAAUGCAUAUUACUAAUCAAAAAUGAAGUUUUGAUAUAUUUAUGGUAGGAAAUUUACUAAAUAUCUUCAUGGAACAUGAUCUUUACUUAAUAUCCUAAUGAUUUUUGGCAUAAAGGAAAAUUUUAUAAUUUUGACCCAUACAAUGUAUUGUUGGCUAUUGCUACAAAUAUAGCUGUGCUGCUUAUGACUGCUUCUGUGCUGCAGGGUCACAUAUUCUUGUUCAUCUUACAGGUUUCUUCUGGAUCUUGGUUUGGAUGAACUGAAUGCGGGUUAAAAUGUCUACUUUUGAUUGUACUUGUAAAUUAUUAUAUUUUUAUAAGGAGAUAAAGUACUGUAUGAUAUACUUGAUUUUUUUAAAACUAUGAACUCUGUUCCAAAACCUAGUGAGCUUCCAAUUUAGACAGCGUUUUAAGUCUGAAACAUUAUGCUGUGUUCUAAAGGGACGUUCACACACAACACGAUUUUACAUUUAGAAACAUAAACAUUAGGUUUACAUACUUUACUUAAAGCCUUUAUAUAUAAUGCAAUAUAAACAUAUUUUAAUGCAUUAAUUAUGUCUUGUAAUGCACCUUAUAAUGCAUCGUAUGAAUAGUUGUAACCACAGUAAUAAUGCAUUAUAAUACUUUGUUAUUCAGUCACACAUUUAGAAAGUAUAAUGCAUUAAAACACACGACAAACAAACCUUCAACAAGGCUUUAAGUUUUAUCAGAACUACUUGUUAACUUAAAAUGUUGUUAUACUUAAAGUCUUUUAACUUGAGUGAGACAUUUGAUAAAACUGUUGCAAAAGACACAUGAUGAUUUAAAAUUGAGUUUAAAUAGAUAAAAUAACUAAAACUAAAAUGUAAAAAAUUAAUAAAAAACAAAAGCACACAACUUUAACUAAAAUGAAAACAGAAAAUGUAAAAAUAAAAUCUCACAAAUAAAAAAAUAUAUACAAUUAUAAUAAUAUCUCAGUGAUUAAAACAACACAUUUACAAAAUGCAAAAGUAGUGCCCCUAAAUAACCUUCAUUAUACCAGAAUGCAUUGCAACAAAAAUCAUCCAUCAAUCAAGCAAGAGAACCAUAUUUUUUUAGAAUUGUUUCGGCAUGUAAAAAUAUAGAAAAAAAGAGUCCCAUCUAAUUUUAAACAAACUAUUUGUCCUAAUAUUUGUGCUUUUUUUUUUUUUUUUUGCAUAUAGCUGCUUUUAUUUGUGUUGUUAUCUUAGCAACAUUUAAAACAGCACGACUGAUUUGAGUCGUCUUAGAAGUGUGCUGUCUAUGUAGUGCACUAGGGUUUGGAACAGAGUGAAUAUGAACACAUGCUGCUGCUUUGAAUUCACAAUGAGCUUUAAUAAAUUCAU